AUGAGCAAUAAGCAAAAGUUGCAUCAUUCACAACUUGUUAAUCAUCAGCAUCCCAAUCUUUCUCAACAACAAGAAAUAUUGAAUGAAAUUAACAAGCAGUCUUGUGAUGAGUCUGACCUUUUCGAUAACUUAGAUCAAUCACAGCAAUUACACACAAGAAUGGUAUAUUCAUCGUCCGAAAAUCCUUCAUCCUUUUUAACUCAACAACAACAGGAAGAACUUAACCAACAAUACCUUAAUCACCAAACAAUUUUGAAUCCACACGAUUUGAAUAACAAUUUUGAUAAUUUAUUCUCACAAGAGUCUGACCAUCAUUCGAUAAGCAAUCAUCAUAAUCCAUCUCCACACAUUCUCCUACCAAGUACAUCCAGCAUUCAGCCAUCCCAUGCCAAUCAUGGUUUGAAUCAACAUACCUUUAGCAACGGAAUCAAUGCACCAUUGGAUUCCUUCAUGAGCAACGACAUGUUAACAACCUCAACAUUUAUACAUACUAGUUAUAUUCCAAAUAGCACCACACAAGCUUAUCCAUCUUUAAAUGUGCAAAAGCCGGAAUCAAAUGCCGACUUUUCUUUUAGACAAAUGCAAUUUAAUAGCAAUCCCCAAGGCUUACUGGUUGGUUCUUCUGAUGUGUAUAACGAUACAAGUUCUUUCGAAAAGAGAGAGUUUGGUCCAUCUCCCUUAACAUUUAAAGAAAAUUCUCACCUCUCCAAGACUGAAAUGAUGACCAAUGAUUUGGUUUAUAAUGAACAACAAAAAGAUUACUCUUUUAUUUCAGAUGGAGAGAGAGAGUCAAACAAUGUUUCAUCCAAGCAAAAACAUCAUCAACAUACAUCAGACACCUCGAAUCUAGAUGCAAUUUCAUUUUCAAUAGAAGAUGAUUCAGCAACUGCAUGUUCCUUCUCGACUCUACCAACUACAUCACUCAAUAAUAAUAAUAAUAAUUUAUUCAAUAAUAUUCAACAUCGCUCAACACCAAAUAUCAUACAAAGAUCCAGAUCCCAUUCCUUGCAUAAUCCACUAAGGAGAGAUGCGAAUCAAACAUUUAAUAUCGACGGUAUGGUCAACACAUAUAUGAACAAUAACAAUACGAAUUUGCAACAACAACAACAUCUCUACUCUCCUUCCUCAUCAAAUUCUAGUUUUGCCUCAUCACCUAAUAAUUGCUCUUCUAUGCAACACCAAUUGCCUUCUUCAACCGAUGUAUUAACGAACGCUCCAAUCAUGGACAAUAGUUAUCAACAUACAUCAUCUCUUCAUCCAAUGAAUGGCUCUCCAACAAUUGCUAUGGACAAAAUUAUUCAAAACAAAGCAAAGAGAACUAUCAGAAGCAGAAGCUUUCAUUCAAAGGACAAAAUGGAGAUUUCUGAUGCAAUGAUGAUGGAUAAUAAUCACUCGUAUCAGUAUUUUGGAUUUAAUGCAAAUAAUAACAAUAGUGUUACCUAUUCACCAACAUCCUCUGCAGGAUGUAGCUCAAUGGAACAAUCACCUCCUCCUUCUCCUCUGGCAACAUUUUUGAGUCAAAUUGAUAUUUCUAAAUUGAAUCAAGAACAGUUGGCUGCUCUUCAAGUGUUGUGCAUGUCAAAUCAAAAUAAUUUAACUUCUCCAGUUUCUAAUACUUAUACAUCAUCGAAUGAAGUGGUAGUUUCAAAUUCUCAACAACAACGUAGAUCUAGUGUUGCAAGUUACAUGUCAGAAGAUUCUUCAACAACUUUACCAAGAGAUUCUCUCCUCAAAACAGUUCUUCAAAAACAAUUACAUACAAAUAAUGAAGUAGUAGAUGAAAAUCAAGCUCUUUAUUCAAUGAUCGAUAAUGCACUGAGUGGUUGCAAAUCAUCUCUUGGUCUAAAGCUUGUUACAAAUGAAACACCUGUAAAUAAUUUUCCAACACGUUCUAGAACUUUUUCAUCUCCUCCACAAUUCCAAAUUACCCAUAGUACCAACGUUCCUCAAGAAAUUGUUAGUCCAAUGAGUAGGUCUAGUGAAGAAACUGUUCCAACUAUAGAGAUUUCAAAUAAUAAUACUUUUAAUUUUGGUUCCUUUGGAACAGAUUAUGAGCAAAGUUUCGAGAAUAAUCAAACUUCUGUUCAUCCACGACAUCAUUCAUCACCUGCAAUUAAUACUUUUGUAAACAGGGUUGAGAAGCCAACAAAAACAAAGAGAAAAAGUUCGUCUGUAAGGGGAUCUAUCAAUAAUGCCAGCUCUUCAACAGGACAACUGGAACAAAAUAUGGUGGCUAGUGCUGUAUCCGCUGUUGCCAGUAACAGUUCAAAUAAUUCAAAGAAGGGAAGCAGAAGGAAUUCGAUAUCGUCAGUAGAGCAACAACCUAUCGUUGCAACGAAACAAAACAAAUCCCAAAACAAAAACAAGACUAUCGUUUUUAACAAUUACUAUGACGAAAUUCAAUUCAAGAAAAAGUAUGGACCUAAUAGCACAUUCUAUAAAUUUAAAUGAUUUGGCAAUGAUAC